GCUGGGCCACCUUCAGGAGGGCCUGGCUUUUCUGGCUUGGCUCCUGACUCCUGCAGCCUCUCUCCGGGCCUCAGAGCUACUCUAGAGGGCAGGUGAGAGUGGGGCCAGCUGCGGUUGGCCCCCAGGAAAGCACAGAGCCAGCUUCUAGCGGGAGGCAGUGGGCAAGGUUGGGGAGCUGAGGGAGAGACCAGGGGCCUGGGGCUUGGGUAAGUGUUUGAGCUGGGGUGGCCAAGAGUUCCCCUGGCAGGAGGUUGUCCGGUCACUCCUUCCCUGAGAGGAGGGUAUGUAGAGGCUGAGAGGUCAGGUACGCUGGGUCCGAAUCUGGCUCUGCCACCUCCCGUGAACAAAUCCUUAAUCACAUGGGAUGUUGUCGUUAGUUACCAUGGAGUCGAUUCUGACUCAUGGCUACCCCAUGUGUUACAGAGUAGAACGGCUCCAUAGGGCUUUCAAGGCUAUGACAUUUUAGAAGCAGAUCACCAGGCCUAUCUUCUUCUUUUUUUUUUAAUUAAUUUUUAUUAAGCUUCAAGUGAACAUUUACCAUCCCAAUCAGUCUGUCACAUGUAGGUUUACAUACAUCUUACUCCCUUCUCCCACUUGCUCUCCCCCUAUUGAGUCAGCCCUUUCAGUCUCUCGUUUCGUGCCAAUUUUGCCAUCUUCCCUCUCUCUCUAUCUUCCCAUCCCCCCUCCAGUCAAGAGUUGCCAACACACUCUCCAGUGUCCACCUAACUUAAUUGGCUCACUCUUCAUCAGCAUCUCUCUCCCCCCCGCUGACCAGUCCUUUUCAUACCAGGCCUAUCUUCUGAGGUACCUCUCAGUGGGUUUGAACUGCCAACCUUUUGGCUAGUAAUGAAGGUCUUAACCAUUUGUACCCUAUAGGGACUCCUUACAAAAUGGGAUAACAGAAACAAAAACAAAAACAAAAAAACCUGUUACCUCAAGUCGAUUCCAACUCAUAGCCACCCGAUAGGGAGAGUUAACAAUAAGGUGUAAGGAAGAUGAACUGAGACACACGUAAAUGUGGCCUAAGUGUUGACGGGUGUGAGUUCUUUCCUCAGUUUGGCGUGUAGGUACAGAGAAGCAGCCCUGGGGAAGGAGCCAGCAGUAUUGGGGGUUAGUUUUCACCUCUGCGGUGGCCCCGUGGGGACCUGGGGCAGGCGCUGAGCCCUUUGGAGGGCUGGGCUGAUGACCCCCUUGUGCUUUCUUCCCAGGCCCCCCAGGGGUCACCCCACAGCAACAUGAUGGGGAAACUCCCCCUAGGGGUUGUCUCCCCUCAUGUGAAGAUGAGUUCGGGGGGCUGCUCGGAUCCCCUGAAAUUCUACGCCACCAGCUACUCCACGGCCUACGGUCGGGAGGAGUUCAAGCCUCGAAUGGGCAGCCACAUAGGCACAGGCUACAAGUCCAAUUACCGGCCCCUGGUCUCAUAUCAAGCCAAUCUCAAUGCCCUGGACAGCCCAGCCAUGGGGGAACAAGUCCGGAACAAUCUCCAAACAGUGACCAGUCAGAGUUACCGCCCGUUAGCGGUGCCUGAUGGCAAGGACCCACUGCCCUGGAACAUGCACCAGACCUGCUCUGGCUAUGGGCGGGAGAAGGCCAACACAGGGCCCUCCACCAAGGAGGUCAAAAAGGUCCAUUUUGACACCCAGGAGCACGGGGCCCACAGCAUCACGGGGCUGGAGCCCAAGGUGGUGCCACUGCUCCACCAGCAGCAGGGCAAGGGCUCCAUGGAGUGGGAGAACGCCCGACACGGCCCUCGAUUCAUGACAUCUGAGUACAACUCCAGGUAUCUCAACGAGCCCUCCAACCAGCCAGAUCUCUUGCAGAAGACAUCAAUUGGUGCCAAGGAGGAGACUGGCUUCACAGAAGAGUCCACCAAGAACCCCAUUGUCUUCAAGCCGCCCUCCCAGACCCUUCCUGGGGACCCUACUCUUCUCCCGGGCAGGAGUGUUACUAAGUCAGACUUCCUUCCCAUGACCCACUCUCGUGGAGAUGAGUUCCUACCUGGGUUGACCAGAGGCUCUGAGCGAGGGACAGGCUUCAGCCGAGUGAAUGAAAAGAUUCUGAACCCCAGAGCUCCCCCUCCCGGCCUGGAACCCAGCAGCAUGAGCCACUGGCAAUUCCAGCCACCCCAGCGGAUGCAACAGACCAAUGUCGCCAUGCUUGGCCGGGAGACUGUGGGGAAAAAAGAGCCCACAGGGUUCAGCUUAAACAACCCCAGCUAUGUCCGGAGCUCCUAUGACCCCGACAUGGAUAAUCAGUAUCUGACCACCUAUAACCAAAGGUACUUUGAGAAUAUUCCCAAGGGUCUAGACCGGGAAGGCUGGACUCGAGGUAGCAUCCAGCCCCAGAAGCCGGGAGGCUAUGCCCUCAACCAGCCAGUCACCCGCAUGGAGCCCACCCCCAACCCCACGGAGAGCCUGCAGCGCCUGUACCCCGAAGUGGGAAGAACCCUGACCAGCAUAGACCACUUCUAUCGAGACACGCCUCACAGCAGUCGCUUCACCCCGCCCAGCUGAGCUGAGGACUGGGUUUGCCACCUCAACAGAACAGGAGCCAGGCUACUGUUUCCAGUCCCCACCCCACCCCCCACUGGGAGUCCCCAGCUACUUUCCAAAUGAAAUAAAG